ACAUCUUCACUGCUUUAAGCCCUCACUAUUCAGCAGCCGUCACGCAACAUAUACCUCUCAAACCAACCCUCCAUUCACUCAUUAAAACACACCAUCAUCCAGCUGCUUGUGAACCAGGCGACACUUGUAUCUAGAAAUAUCUGUGAAGGGCUCGGGAGAUUAACGGUACAGAUAAACGGCUGCAGGAUGGAGACGCAGAUACAUGUGCCUGUCGGCUCGCCGGUCAUUAGAAAAAUCCCCAUUUUCGUGGACGAACACAACGUGACGGAGGGGGCCAUGAAGCUCAUCAAGGAGCUGAGACCGGCGUGGGACCCCAGCCUCGUCAAGACCAAGCUCUUCACUGACGGGACCACCAACAAGCUGGUGGGCUGCUACGUGGACGAUAGUCCAGACGAUGUAGUCCUGGUCCGAGUAUACGGGAACAAGACAGAGCUGAUUGUGGACAGAGACAAUGAGCUCAAAAGCUUUCAGGUGCUGCACGCUAAUGGUUGCGCCCCCCGCCUCUACUGCACCUUUCAGAACGGUAUCUGCUAUGAGUUCAUGCAGGGGGACGCUCUCGGGACACAGGAUGUCAGAGAUCCUACCCUACUCAGACUGAUAGCCAGGGAGAUGGCUCGAAUCCACGCCAUCCACGCACACAACGGUUGCAUCCCCAAACCCAACCUCUGGAUCAAGAUGAGAAAAUACUUCUCCCUGGUUGCUACAGAGUUCACCGAGCAAGCUUCCAACGUCAGAAUCCAGCAGGAGGUGCCCAGCAAGGCGGUGCUGGAGCAGGAGAUGGUGUGGAUGAAGGAGCAUCUCUCCACACUGGGCUCCCCCGUGGUGCUCUGCCACAAUGACCUGCUCUGCAAGAACAUCAUUCACAACAGCAAAGAGGGUCAUGUCCGCUUCAUAGACUAUGAGUACUCCAGUUACAACUACCAGGCCUUCGACAUCGGCAACCACUUCAAUGAAUUUGCAGGCAUGUCUGAGCCAGACUUCGGGCUGUACCCCAGUCGGGAGAUGCAGAUGGAGUGGCUCAAGGUGUAUCUACAGGCGUACAAACUCUUCACCAAGAAAACCGAAGAAGUCAGCCAGAGAGAGCUGGAGACGCUCUAUGUACAGGUCAACAAGUUUGCACUGGCUUCUCACUUCUUUUGGGGCUUCUGGGCGCUCAUCCAGGCCAAAUACUCAACUAUCGACUUUGACUUCCUCGGGUACGCCGUGCUACGUUUCAACCAGUACUUCAAGACCAAACCUGCAGUGAUGGCCCUGCAGAUCCCAGAAUGAGAGGAGAUGGAAGGGG